GUCCGAGUAGCGGCGGCUCUGGCGCUCCGCAUCCUCUGUCUGCGGCGGCGGGGGCUGGCGGCCCCGGCCCCUGCCCGGCCCCCUCCCCCAACCCCAUGCCUCAGCUCUAACCCCGCCGCCCUCCCCCGCGGGGGGCAUUUCCCCGUGUCCCCUGCCCGCCCCGUCCAAGUCAGGCGCCAUGAACGACCAGUACCACCGGGCGGCUCGGGACGGCUACCUGGAACUCCUCAAGGAGGCCACCAGGAAGGAGCUGAACGCCCCCGACGAGGAUGGCAUGACCCCCACCCUCUGGGCUGCUUACCACGGCAACCUGGAGUCACUGCGCCUCAUCGUGAGUCGAGGGGGUGACCCGGACAAGUGUGACAUCUGGGGCAACACGCCCCUGCACCUGGCAGCUUCCAAUGGCCACCUGCACUGCCUCUCCUUCCUGGUGUCCUUCGGGGCCAACAUCUGGUGCCUGGACAAUGACUACCACACGCCGCUGGACAUGGCCGCCAUGAAGGGCCACAUGGAAUGCGUGCGCUACCUGGACUCCAUCGCGGCCAAGCAGAGCAGCCUCAACCCCAAGCUGGUGGGCAAGCUGAAGGACAAGGCCUUCCGCGAGGCGGAGCGGCGCAUCCGCGAGUGCGCCAAGAUGCAGCGCAAGCACCACGAGCGCAUGGAACGGCGCUACCGGCGCGAGCUGGCCGAGCGCUCGGACACGCUCAGCUUCUCCAGCCUCACGUCCAGCACCCUGAGCCGCCGGCUGCAGCAUCUGGCGCUCGGCAGCCACCUGCCCUACUCGCAGGCCACGCUGCACGGCACCGCCAAGGGCAAGACCAAGAUCCAGAAGAAGCUGGAGCGGCGCAAGCAGGGCGGCGAAGGCACCUUCAAGAUCUCCGAGGACGGCCGCAAGAGCGUGCGCUCGCUCUCGGGCCUGCAGCUGGGCAGUGACGUGAUGUUUGUGCGCCAGGGCACCUACGCCAACCCCAAGGAGUGGGGCCGCGCCCCGCUCCGGGACAUGUUCCUCUCCGACGAGGACAGCGUCUCCCGUGCCACACUGGCGGCCGAGCCUGCGCGCUCGGAGGUCAGCACCGACUCAGGCCACGACUCCCUGUUUACCCGCCCGGGCCUGGGCACCAUGGUGUUCCGCAGGAACUACCUGAGCAGCGGGCUGCACGGCCUGGGCCGCGAGGACGCGGCGCUGGACGGCGCGGGCACGCCGCGGGGUCGGCUUCAGAGCUCCCCCAGCCUCGACGACGACAGCCUGGGCAGUGCCAACAGCCUGCAGGACCGCAGCUGCGGGGAGGAGCUGCCCUGGGACGAGCUGGACUUGGGCCUGGAUGAGGACCUGGAGCCCGAGACGAGCCCGCUGGAGACGUUCCUGGCCUCCCUGCACAUGGAGGGCUUCACCUCCAUCCUGCGGCAGGAGAAGAUCGACCUCGAGGCGCUCAUGCUGUGCUCGGACCUCGACCUCCGCAGCAUCAGCGUCCCCCUGGGACCCCGCAAGAAGAUCAUGGGGGCCGUGCGGAGGCGGAGGCAGGCGCUGGAGCGCCCGCCGGCCCUGGAGGACACAGAGUUAUAACAGGGGCUCCUAUCCCCAUACCAAAAAGAGUUGCAAGUUGCCACACCCACGGUGGGACCACGAGGUCCUCACAGUUGCCAGCC